AUGAACCUUGACUUCACAGACAAAACCCAACAAUCUAUAUCAGCUGCCAUCCAACUCGCAAAGGAUUACUCUAAUGCUCAACUCCACCCCGCCCAUGUUGCUGCGGCUCUUCUGAACGAAGGUGCAGGAGAUGACGUACCAGGUGGACUGUCAAACGGCGGUGGAAGUUCCCUAUUCUCUUCAGUUAUACAGAAAGCUGGUGGUGAUCCAGUCAUUGUAAAGCGUGGGCUCCAGAAGAUCAUUGUCAGAAUACCCUCGCAAUCUCCACCUCCAGAGGAUAUUUCCUUGAGCGCCAGUGCGUUGAAGGUUUUGCGCGAGGCCCAGUCGCUCCAGAAAACCAUGCACGACUCCUACAUCGCGCAGGACCAUGUACUUCUCGCACUUAUGAAGGACCCAUCGAUAUCCUCUAUCAUCAAGGAGGCUGGUCUUACCGAGGCCGCCUUGAAGUCAGCCAUAGAGCAGACCAGAGGAAACCGUCGAGUGGAAAGCAAGAACGCGGAAGCAGGAUUCGACGCUUUGCAGAAAUAUGCGGUCGACCUGACUGCUCUUGCCGAAGAAGGCAAGAUCGACCCUGUUAUAGGUCGAGAUAAUGAAAUACGGAGAAUCAUUCGUAUUCUCUGCAGAAGAACAAAGAACAAUCCUGUGCUGAUCGGCGAGCCUGGUGUCGGAAAGACGGCAAUCGCAGAAGGUCUUGCUCAACGCAUAGUCAACCGCGACGUGCCAGCCAGCCUCAUUGGGCGCCUGUUCUCGCUUGAUAUGGGCGCGUUAAUGGCUGGUGCGAAGUACAAAGGCGAGUACGAGGAACGCAUCAAGUCAGUUUUGAACGAAGUGGAGAAAUCAUCUGAGGAUGGCACAUCUGUCAUUCUAUUCGUGGAUGAGCUUCACCUCAUCAUGGCUGGUCGAGGUGCCGAAGGCGGUGGCAUGGACGCGGGCAACCUCUUCAAGCCGCUUCUGGCUAGAGGGAAGCUGCGCUGUAUAGGGGCUACCACGCUUAGCGAGUACCGGAAGUAUAUCGAGACAGACGCUGCUCUGGAACGCAGAUUCGCUCAAGUUUUGGUGAACGAACCCAGUGUUACUGAGACGAUCAACAUUCUUAGAGGCAUUCGGGAGAAGUAUGAGGUUCAUCAUGGUGUUCGAAUUGCGGAUGGUGCCCUGAUCUCUGCUGCAACUCUGGCCCAUCGUUAUCUGACUUCGAGACGUCUUCCCGAUGCCGCCAUUGAUCUUGUCGACGAAGCUUGUGCAAGGUAUGUUUUCUUUAUAUUAGUUCGUGAAAACAUCUUACGAUUUUGCGAUAGUGUCCGUGUUACUCGAGAAACAGCACCCGAAGCCAUUGACAAGCUUCAGCGUCGCAAGCUCGAACUAGAGGUUGAAAUUCAUGCCUUGGAACGCGAAAAGGACCAGGCCAGUCUGGAGCGUUUAAGCGCCGCUCGCAAAGCUAUCGCUGAUGUUGACGACCAAUUACAACCACUUCGGGCUGCCUACGAGGCUGAAAAGCGCAAAGGCGACGAAAUCAACGAAGUGCGGAGGAAGAUCGACGAUCUCCGUGCCAAGGCCGAUGAGGCGGAGAGAAGAUAUGAUCUUGCAACUGCAUCUGACCUUCGCUAUUAUGCCCUGCCAGACCUCCAGAAUCGCCUGGAGACCCUUCAAGCCAAAAAGGCCGAAGAGGACGCCAAGACCGGUGGAGGCACAGAUACCGUUACUCCUGAACAGAUCGCAGAAAUUGUUGGACGGUGGACGGCUAUUCCAGUCACACGUUUGAUGUCAACCGAAAAGGAGAAACUCCUUCGCAUGGAACGUAUCCUCGCCGAUCACGUUGUCGGUCAGCCGGAAGCUGUGAAAGCUGUCGCCAAUGCUAUCCGGCUAUCGAGGAGUGGACUGGCCGAUGUUCAGCGGCCCAUUGCCAGCUUCUUGAUGGCUGGUCCUUCUGGCACAGGAAAAACGCUGCUCAGCAAGACUCUCGCCACUAUUCUAUUUGACACCCCUGAUGCUAUGAUCCGCAUCGAUGGUUCCGAAUAUUCUGAGAAACAUUCUAUCGCACGUCUUAUCGGCGCCCCACCUGGCUAUGUCGGCCAUGAUGCUGGAGGACAACUCACCGAAUAUGUUCGGCGCAAACCGUAUUGCAUCGUCCUCAUCGACGAGAUUGAGAAAGCUUCGCGAGAAUUCGUCACCCUCUUCCUUCAGGUUCUCGAUGAUGGCCGACUUACUGAUGGACAGGGUCGCGUUGUUGACUUCCGAAACACUGUUAUCAUCAUGACGUCAAAUCUAGGUGCUGCAUACCUGAACGACAUGAGCCAGGGUUCAGUAACUCCGCAGACCAGGCAGCUAGUCAUGGGGGCCAUUGUGGGCCAUUUUCCACCCGAGUUUAUCAACCGUAUAGAUGAUAUCGUCAUCUUCCGCGCGCUCUCCAGAAGCAAUAUGCUUAAGAUCGUGGACUUGAGGCUCAAGGAGGUCCAAGACCGCCUAGUCGAUAGGAAGAUAGUACUUGACAUCGACGGCGAGUCGAAAAGAUACCUAGUGUCUAUCGGGUACUCGACGACAUACGGAGCAAGACCAUUGAACCGCGCAAUCCAGAGCGACCUCCUGAAUCCUUUAUCGGUGAUGUUGCUUUCUGACCGCAUUCGCGACGGGGAGACUGUCAAGAUUCGGUUCGACGGCCCCCGCAAUAAACUCAUCAUCGUACCAAAUCAUGAAGGCAAGGCCGAUGUUGAUGCAAUGGAUGAAGAUUUGGAUGAAGAUAAUGACAUUGAGAUAGAGGAGAUGGAUUAA